AUGGCAGAGAGUAGUGAGCUGAUGAACAGGCUCAUGAGUGAGAACGCAGACCUGAAGAAGCAGGUGCGCCUCCUGAAGGAGAACCAGAUGCUGAAGCGGCUGCUCAGUGAGAGUUGCCAGGAGAGCUGUAGCCGAGGGGGCCGGGACCUGCUCUUUCCCAAGACCCCUACCUACCCUGAGGCCUGCUCCCCAGGGAACGGAGGUCCAGAGUUUGGAAGGUUUGCCGCUGUCCCUGACACAUCCUCCCACCUACAGACAUCUUCCCUGGAGGACCUGCUGUGCUCACAUGCCCCACUCUCCAGUGAGGAUGAAGCCUCCCCGGGCUGUGCAACCACAUCUCAAGUGCCUUUCAAGGCCUUCCUCAGCCCUCCGGAACUACAGGCACGCAUUGCCGACAGGAAGCUGUCACCACUCCUGAGUCCCUUGCAGGAUUCCCUGGCUGACAAAACCCUGCUUGAGCCCAUGCGGCCUAAGAAGGUGUGCUUCUCGGAGAGUAACCUGCCCACUGGGGAUAGGAGCAGGAGGACCUAUUACCUCAAUGAGAUCCAGAGUUUUGCGGGUGCUGAGAAGGAUGGCCGCAUAGUCGGGGAGAUCGCGUUCCAGCUUGACCGGCGCAUCCUGGCCUAUGUGUUCCCCGGGGUGACGCGCCUCUAUGGUUUUACAGUCUCCAACAUCCCUGAGAAGAUCAAGCAGACGUCUAUCAAGUCCCUAGACGGCUCGGUGGAUGAGAAGAAGCUGCGUGAGCUCACACAUCGGUACCUGACCCUGACGGCGCGGCUGGAGAAGCUGGGCUACAGCCGCGAAGUACACCCGGUCUUCAGUGAGUUCCUCAUCAACACUUACGGCAUCCUGAAGCAGCGUCCAGACUUGCGGGCCAACCCGCUGCACAGCAGCCCCGCUGCACUGCGCAAGCUCGUCAUUGACAUCGUGCCACCGAAGUUCCUGGGUGACUCCCUGCUACUGCUGAACUGCCUGUGUGAGCUCUCCAAGGAGGACAGCAAACCACUCUUCGCCUGGUGAGCCGCUCGCCUCACCCUUCCUGCAAUAAACGUGUUUGUUCCAAACCCGGGGACCACCCGCGUCCUCCCGCACGGAAAGCUGUCUGCCCAGCUACACUGGG